AUGACUGAAGCCUUCACUUCGGACACGGCGACCGACUGGGAUAAAGCCGCCGCCGCGGGAAGUAUUAUCCCCUUUCUUGGCUGUGGCCUUGGUGCAAAGGCUGACGCGGACAAGGGGGAGUCUGACUGGGUUGACACGGUAUUAUGCGCAACGGCUGAUGCUUUGACAUUGACUCCCGUCGCUCUGCUUGGAAUCUUGCUUCAUAUUUAUCGAAUUUUUCGCAAAUUGGCACAACCUGAGCCACUGCCUAAAUCCGAGCACAUGCGUGGGGUUCAUGAUAGUGCAUGGACGAGCAUUCUCAACGAGAAAAUAUACACGCAACUUUAUUCAGAUAACAGCUUCCAAGAGCGCUUGAAAGAUGCUUUGCUUUUCACGGAACUGGCCGUUCUAUCCGAAGCCGCACUGGGUAUUGGCCUGGCAAAUCCAGAUGUGUUGAGCGCCAUGCAGGCCAGCACUUCUGAUACGGACAAGUCCAAAACCCAGAGUAUAUCUCCAUCAGCUGCUGAUAAUAUCCGAGAGGGUAUUUCAAAUGAGACGAUUCACGGCCAGCGCGAUUUUCUGCUGCGUCUACCAGAUCAACUUCUGACAAGCGCGGAGCCUUAUGCUAAAACCUUAGCUGAGCAAUUUAAAACGGAAUUUACUGCCGAGUUGAUAUCCGAUUAUACGGCGCUCAAAUACACUCAAUUUACUCAAGGGCGUUAUCUCAGCGUUGGAGAGCCCAUCAUUCCUCCGACUAACAAUUUUACCCAAGUUCAAUCUACACUGAAAAGGAUGGCUGAGCGUUUGAAUAGCUCACCACUACAUAUGCCUAACCGCUUUGAUGUUGCCUAUGUUAUUGGGCAGUCAAAAGGCCUCCAAGGAAUGGAUCCGCUUAUCCCAACCCUGCGAGAUUUUCUAAAGACUCAAGAGCCAAACCUACCGGAAUCUGGACGCGACCCCUUGCUCCUGUUCCAUACACUAGAGGUCUCAAGGUUAUUGUAUGGCGAGAAAACUGAAGAUGAACUUGACAGUUACUGGCCGUCAUCUGGAAAUACAGCCAAUCUUAGACCGCUUCAAAUUCUUAUUGCUAUGAAAUUCCGAAAGGUAUUUGAGGAGGUGAAAAUGAAGAAGCCUCAGAAAGAUGAAGAUGAAUUCAAUAGCCGCCCAAGUCUUCCCCAUGCCAAGGGUAUUUUAGAUGAACUGCAAAGCGCCCCAUAUCGUAGUCUUAUUCUUGGACUUGGCGAAGAGGUUAUUAACAAUCUACCCAAAGACCCACGAUAUAAAACAUACAUUGCUUUAUUUAAAGAGCCGGCGCUUAUAGACGCCAUGCUGCAGCGCGCGAUGGAAAUGCAGGCCGAAAAUGGUACUACUCCUGUUGAUAACUAG